AUGAAGACAUUCGCAGGUCUCCUCGCAUCAGCCUCCCUGGUGGCUGGCCACGGCUACGUGACCAAUGGCACCCUCGAUAGCGAGAGCUAUACCUUCUACCAGCCGUACACAGAUCCCUACAUGAGCCCGACUCCGUCGCGCAUCUCUCGCCCUAUCCAGGGCAACGGCCCUGUCACCGUGGUCACCUGGGACGACAUCCAGUGCGGUGGUGACCUGGCGGACGGCAUCGAUGGGUCUUCGCCUGCCAACCUGACCGCUGAUGUCACGGCUGGAUCGACUGUUGAUCUGUACUGGACCUUGUGGCCGACCAGCCAUGUUGGGCCUACUAUUACGUAUAUGGCGCGGUGUGCCAAUGAUGACUGCACCACGUACAUGCCUGGCAAUGACACCGUCUGGUUCAAGGUUCAGGAGGAUGGUCGUGACGGAACUUCCGACACUUGGGGUGCUACCGCCGUCAUGACAGCCGGAGGUUUCGUCUCCUACACCGUCCCCGAGUGCAUCGAGUCCGGAGCCUACCUCGUCCGCCACGAGAUCAUCGCCCUGCACGCCGCCGAGACCGAGGGCGGCGCCCAGUUCUACCCAGGCUGCCACCAGGUCAAGGUGUCUGGAGGCACUGGAGCCGUCACCCCAGCUAACCUUGUCGCCUUCCCUGGCGCGUACAAGUCCAGCGACCCUGGUAUCCUGUACAACCCUUACGAGGCGUCGACCUACACCAUCCCUGGCCCUGCGCUGUUUACCUGC